UAAUUAUUUAAAUAUUUUCUUACACUUGGCAAAGGCUCGCAUCACAUUCUUUAGCGUGUAAGACCUUUUCGUAUUUGUACACCUAUUUAAAUAGUCCCCAUCUCUCUAUUUGUUUUCUUACUAUCACUACUUCCUCUCAAAAGCAUUAAUGGUUUCAAUGGUUUCUUCAUCAAAAGUCAUAUUAUUUGCAUUAGCAAUAAUCGCAUUUUGUGUUUCUCCAUCACUGUCCUUCUCUAGGCGAGCAUUAAAUGAGCACAAGAAUGUGAAAACUACUGGUUUCAGAGUCAGCCUUAAACAUGUAGACUCCGGCAAGAACUUAACCCUAUUUCAGCGUAUCAAACGUGGAAUGAAGCGUGGGCAAUACAGAUUGCAAAGACUCAAUGUUAUGUCUUUUGCGGCUUCAGAUUCUCAAAUUGAAGCUCCUAUUCAGGCAGGCAACGGUGAGUUUCUCAUGGAAUUAUCAAUUGGUACUCCUCCACAAAGUUACAAGGCAAUAUUGGAUACUGGCAGCGAUUUGAUUUGGACUCAAUGCAAGCCUUGUACUGACUGUUACGAUCAGCCUUCUCCAAUUUUUGAUCCCAAAAACUCUUCUUCGUUCAUUAAGAUUUCUUGCUCUGACUCUCUCUGUGAGGCUCUCCCUCAAUCAAUUUGCAAAGAUGGAUGUGAGUAUCUCUACACAUAUGGUGAUUAUUCUUCAACACAAGGGAUUAUGGGCUUUGAAACGUUCACGUUUGGUAAGGUUUCUGUUCCCAAAAUUGGGUUCGGUUGUGGAGAAGACAAUGAAGGAAGUGGGUUCGGCGAAGGUGCAGGUCUGGUAGGGCUUGGUCGUGGAGCUUUAUCUCUGGUUUCACAAUUGAAAGAACCAACUUUCUCUUACUGCCUUACUUCUAUUGAUGACCAAAAGACCAGUACACUUUUGAUGGGAUCUCUAGCAAGUGUGAAUAGCGCAUCAAAAAAUGCAAUCAUAACUACCCCUUUAAUAAAAAAUCCAAUACAGCCAUCUUUUUAUUAUCUUUCUCUUGAAGGGAUAUCUGUUGGUGGCACUCGCUUACCAAUCAAGAAAUCUACUUUUUCACUCCAAGAUGAUGGCAGCGGUGGCUUAAUAAUUGAUUCAGGCACAACAAUAACGUAUUUAGAAGAGAGUGCUUUUGAGUUGGUUAAAAAGGCUUUUAUUUCUAAAACAAAACUUCCAUUGGAUAAUUCGGGAUCGACAGGGCUUGAUCUUUGCUUCACUUUGCCAUCAGAUUCAACAGAUGUAGAGGUACCGACGUUGGUAUUUCAUUUCGAGGGAGCUGAUCUAGAUUUGCCAAGUGAAAACUAUAUGGUUGCUGAUUCAAGUACAGGGUUGGUUUGCUUGGCGAUGGGGAGUUCAAGUGGUAUGUCAAUCUUUGGAAAUGUACAGCAGCAAAACAUACUGGUUCUACAUGAUCUUCAGAAAGAAACCUUAUCAUUUCUUCCUACACAAUGCGAUCAGCUGUGAGCUAACUAUUAAAUGUUUGCAUUUUAUGAGUGUGUUUGUUUGGCUUCAGUAAUGAUAAUACUUCAUAGAAAUUUGAUCAUUUGUUUUAAUAAUAUGAUAAAUUUUUAUGUCAA